AUGGUGGCUGCAGGAAGCAAGGAAGUGGCCUGCAGCGACUUGCAGCGAUCCGACCAAUGCCGUCGCUCGGAUCAAGAGGUUUGGGGGGCAAAGUGGAAUGAUGACGGUGGCGGCGCCUUUGACGCCUGGUGGGUGAAGCGAGAGGUCGAUGGCGCUCAAGCCCAUUUGAGUCUUGGCUGUGACUAUUCGCGGAUGCAGCCAGGUGGCCGGCACAUCACAGGAGGAGUUGGUGCCGUCCUGGCCAAUCUGGCUGUUGGUGCCCUUCCCUAUCGGUCCCAAUCCGAAGAUCUACUUUGCGCCGCGCGCACAUCACUUCAUGCCAUGCCACCCAAUGCGCGGCCAUCCGCCUUUUAA